UGUAACGUCACGGUGGGCGGGGUCGGGCGGAGAAAGUGCAUCUAGAGAUCCGAAGAAGGUGAGGAGACGGCGGGGCAGCAGCUAGGAAACACCGCGGCUCCGGGUGAGGCCUUCAUCGUUACUGGAAGAUGGGGGAGACCAACACGGACAAGAUGAAUUCCGAAAACCUCAGAGAAGAUGGGAACAAGCACUUCAAGUCUGGAGAUUACCAAACCGCACUGUCCUGUUAUACCAAGGCGCUCAGGCUGUCUGCUGAUAAGAAGGAUGCCGCCAUACUACACCGCAACCGCUCCGCCUGCUACCUGAAGCUGGAGGAUUAUGUUAAAGCUGAAGAGGAUGCUUCUAAAGCUAUUGAGGUGGAUGGAGGUGACGUGAAGGCUCUCUUCAGGAGAAGUCAAGCCUUUGAGAAAUUGGGCAAAUUGGAGCAGGCGAUACUUGACCUUCGGAGAUGUCUCUCUCUGGAACCAAAAAAUAAAGUGUUUCAGGAUGCUGUGAGGAACUUAGGAGUCAAGACGCAAGAAAAGGUUCAGUUCAUGUCCUCUACAGAUUCCCGUGUGGACCAGAUGUUCCGUAUUUUGCUUGACCCUGAAGAGAAAGAUGUUGAAAAACAACAGAAGGCAGCACAGAACUUGGUAGUCUUGGCUCGAGAAGACUCUGGAGCAGAGAAGAUUUUUCAGAGUGAUGGAGUUUGUCUCCUGCAGCGGAUGCUUGAGACUAAAAAAUCUGACAUGAUGUUGGCUGCAUUGAGGACGCUGGUAGGACUCUGCACUGGUCACCAGACCCGAACAGUGUCCAUCUUGAACACUGUGGGUAUGGAGAUGUUCUGUGCAGUGAUGGCAGUGGACAAUGAGCCGGUCUCUCUCGCUGCUUGCAGUGCCCUGCAUGCCAUGUUUGAUUCUCUGAAAGAAGGCAUGACCAAGGAUAUUCGAGGGAAGGAAUGCGCAAUAGUUUUGGAUCCUUCAAAGGAACUGAAGUCAAUGAUUCAUCAUCUCUUAGAAAUGUUAACUCAACCAGCUGUCUCUUCACAUGGCAGAGAGAACUCCCUUAACCUUCUCAUAAAAGUAGUGCCUCGAAAGUCACUACGUGAUCCCAACAAUGGCAUGACAUUGUGGGUCAUAGACAAUGGCUUAAAGAAAAUCCUUGAGGUUGGAGGUUCAUUCGUAGAAAUCCCUGGUAGCCUGGCAGUGACGGAGACAACAAGAAUGAGCGCUUCUGUACUUUUGAACAAGCUUUUUGAUGACCUUAAAUGUGACGCGGAAAGAGAGAAUUUUCACAAGCUAUGUGAGGAUUAUGUUCGGAGCUUGUUUGAAAACCACGGUAUGGAUGGAAAGCUCCGUGCAAUACAGACAGUCUCAUGCCUGUUGCAAGGGCCUUUUGAUGCUGGAAACCGAACUCUAGAACUUUCUGGCAUAAUGGACAGCAUCAUAGCACUGUGCGCCUCUGAACGAGAGAUUGACCAGCAGGUGGCAGUGGAAGCACUUAUCCAUGCAGCUGGAAAAGCCAAGAGAGCCUCCUUCAUCACUGCCAAUGGUGUGGCACUGCUGAAAGAUAUAUACAAGAAAAAUGAGAAUGAUGCAAUCCGAAUUCGAGCCUUAGUGGGUCUUUGUAAGCUGGGAUCAGCAGGAGGAACUGACUUCAGCAUGAAACAGUUUGCAGAAGGCUCCACUCUUAAGCUAGCAAAGCAGUGUCGGAAGUGGCUGUGCAAUGAGAGCAUUCAGGCCAGCACCCGACGUUGGGCUGUGGAAGGCUUGGCCUAUUUAACAUUUGAUGCUGACGUGAAAGAGGAGUUUGUAGAAGAUAAGGCAGCUAUGCAAGUAAUGUUCAGCCUAGCAAAGUCACAGGACAAGACUGUGAUUUUUGCAGUUGCAUCCACCCUUGUAAACUGUUCAAACAGCUAUGAUCGAGAGGAAAUAGACCCACAAAUGCUGGAGUUGGCCAAGUAUGCUAAGCAGCAUGUACCUGAGGAACACCCCAAGGACAAGAAAGAGUUUGUUGAGGCAAGGGUCCGUAAGCUCCUGGCAGCGGGUGUGGUGUCUGCACUAACUUGCAUGGUGAAGAAUGAAAGCCCGGCAUUAACAGAUUCAUCGAGGGAACUGAUUUCAAGGGUUUUCUUGGCUUUAGUAGAAAAAUCUGAAGACCGAGGAAACGUUGUAGCUCAAGGAGGAGGAAAGGCAUUAAUACCUCUGGCAUUAGAAGGAACGGAAAUUGGAAAAACAAAAGCAGCACAAGCACUGGCUAAAAUAACAAUCACCUCUAAUCCGGAAAUUGCAUUUCCAGGUGAAAGAAUUUACGAGGUUAUUCGGCCCCUGGUCAGCUUGCUUCACCUUAAUUGUACAGGCUUGCAGAACUUUGAGUCCCUGAUGGCAUUAACAAAUCUUGCAGGGCUCAGUGAAAGUCUGAGGAAUAAGAUCAUAAAGGAGAAGGCAGUGCCUAUGAUCGAGGGUUAUAUGUUUGAAGAGCAUGAAAUGAUUCGUGUAGCUGCUACAGAGUGUAUGUGCAACCUGUCUAUGUGCAAAGAGGUGCAAGAUCUGUUCAUGGUAGAAGGAUCCGAUAGAUUAAAGUUGGUAGUUUUGUACAGUGGUGAAGAUGAUGAGCGUCUACGUCGUGCCGCUGCAGGAACUCUUGCGAUGCUGACCUCUUUGGAGCCAAAGAUUUGCCAGAGGAUUACACAAGUGACUGACCACUGGUUGGAGAUUUUCCAGGCCCUGCUCCUAAGUGAAAACGUAGAACUUCAGCAUCGUGGAGCUGUUGUAGUCCUGAACAUGAUGACUGCAGACAAGGAAUUGGCAGGGAAGCUGAUGGAGAGUGAAAUGUUUGAAAUCCUUACCGUUCUUGCAAAAAACGAGGAGGAAGAAAAGAAACUUCCUGUGGCUCGGGCUGCACAAGAGUGUCUUAACAAAGCGCUCGAGUAUGGACUUAUCCAACCCAACCUGACAAGCAAGUCCGACUAAAGCCUCUAUGGACUCCUCAAAACUCGCCACCGGUUUGAUCUAGAGAUUUACUUUUUUUUUUCUAUUGAAACCUGAAGAAUAUUCAGAAAGUUGUGGAACUUUUCAUCAUAUAAUGAAAUAUAAUUGCAUCAGUCUCUGAGAAAGUCUUGCGCUACGAGUUUGCCUGGGAGCUUUAAAGGGGUACUCGGCCCUAAUACAUCUUAUUCCCGCAAUCUUGUAUUCAGCACCCACCUCGGGAGCUGCACGCCGCGCUGCCAGCUCAGAAUCUGCCGUGUGACGACCACGGGGCCGGAGUAUUGUGACGUCACGACUCUGUCCCCAUUGGGACGUCACGCCCCGCCCCCACUAUGUCACACGGGGCGGAGUCGUGAUGUCACGAUACUCCGGCCCAGUGGUAAUCACACGGCAGAUUCUGAGCUGGCAGCGUGGCGUGCAGCUCCCUGAGGUGGGUGCUGAAUGCAAGAUUGCGGGUCUUUGGGCCGGAGUACCCCUUUAAACAUAUCGUGCCACCAAAGAGACAUGAAAGGUACCUUUUAAAGGUAGUGUGUGCUGUCCUAGCAUGCUGGUAGUUGUAGUUUUGCAACCGGUGGAGGCACCCUGGUUGGAAAAACUUCUUAAGUUCUUAUGAUCAUUCCAGCUACAUUCAGCCCAUUUUCACAGUUGAAAUGCAGAAUAAUGAGCCAGUGACCAAAUAUAUAUGCAUAACCAAAAGGUGGAAUGGUUUUGUUGUAGUUAUGCUGGUGAACUCUUAGGCCAUGUUCACACGUCAGAUUUUCCAUGCCGGAUUCUGCAUUGGAAUCCUGCAUGGAAAUUCCACUGUGCACACGGCAUAAUUUCUGUGCCAGAUGUUUCCGGCACAGAAAUAAAAUUUUCCGUGUCUGCACAAAGAAUGAACACAUUUAUUCUUUGUGAGGAGUCCACACAGAAUGCAUAGUCUUCUAUGAGACAGCGCAUUCCUGUGCGGUCCUAGUGCUGGCAUAUUAUGCAUGUCUGCACAGAGAUUCUCCGUGUGAACGUUCAGACAUGUCAACAUAGCCACACUGUUUGCUGCUCCUAGAUCCAUAACUAUGGUAGAAUGGUUUACGAAUACACAAUUCUUAAUACUGUGGCAAUGCACUAUAUAUAUAUAUAUAUAUAUAUAUAUAUAUAUAUAUAUAUAUAUAUAUAUAGCCACAUAUUGCAACUUUUUGCAAAGGUUUUAUGUGAGCUUGCUAAAUAUUUUUUUAAAGUUGUACUUUUAUCUUAUUUUUUUACAACUUUGAGCACAUUAAUGCAGUUACUGUACAAUGUUGGUUAUUCAUCAGUGUCAGUAAUAUCAGACCAUGUUACGAGUCUAAAUAUGUUCUUUGUGUUAUGUUUUCAGUGGCUUUGGUUUGCAGAGAAGAAUCCAGACUGGCUAAUUUUUAACUCUGUAAAGCUUUAAAGGGGUACUACACUGGCCAGCGUUCAGAACAUUUAGUUCCGAACUCUGCGUGCACGCUUGUGGGGGGUUGGCCCUGCCCCCUCUUGACGUUACACCACACUACACCCCCUGCAAGUCUAUGGGAGGGGUGUGAUGGCUGCCACACCCCCUCCCAGAAAUUUGCAUUAAGGGGUGUGUCCUGACAUCACAAGGGGGCAUGGCCGACUCCCGCAGCGCACGCACGUUUUGGAACUAAAUGUUCCGAACGCUGGCCUGUGGAGUACCCCUUUCAUGGUAAUCACGGCUCAACUUUUAUUUCUCAAAUUGCCCUGGUAAAACUCCCCCAAGGAUCUUUCCAUUACAUUCCAGGUAGGAUAGUGACCAAAUAUUUGAUAGGAUAUUACACAGGCAUACCUGUGUUUAAUGCGAGCGCUGAUCAGCAUUAAUGGCUGUUAUUGGUGGGUAGGACCACAUGUGCUAAGCUGGAUUGCUCAUACGUCCCUUUACUGCCAUCAUUGUUAGCUGCACAUCUUCUAAUAUAAGGGGAGGUGUUCGAACUAGGAUUUUUAAAUGGUCUUAAAGGGGAACGCCGGUGGAAACAAGUAGAAAACAAAUAUUUUCAAAUCAACAGUUGCCUGAAAGUUAAACAGAUUUGUAAAUGACUUUGAUUAAAAAAAA